AUUUAGUAUUCGCGAACAUGUCGAGGGAGGUAGUAGUUGCGGGAGCUGCAUUUAUAGCUAUGUAUUUACUCGUGGAGGAAAAUGAAGAUGAAAAUAAACCACGCCGUCGUCGCCGUUGGUGGAAAACACAAUUAUAUAAAAAAGAGCCGGUUCGGAAUUGAUGAUUGA